GUUGGGUUUGUCUCGCUCUUCCUCUCCUGUCUAUCUCUCUCUCUCUCUCUCUCACACACACACAGACAAACACGCACAGAGGUGUGUCUCCUGUAGUCUAAAGCUUUCCCUUUUUUUUUUUCUUUCUGGAAUUCAUCAUCAGAAACAACUCAAACAAGGUCUUUUUUGGGUUUUACUUGCUUUCUUCUAAAACAACUGAUUAAUCACUUAUCUUUGACGAAAUUUUUCCCAAUUUGGUUCUUUGUCUAAGAUUUGAGAGUUGUUGUUAUUCAGUGGAAUUUUUUUGGUUUUUUAUGUUUCUCAAUGGGUUUUGUAUAUAUAUGUAUAUCUUUUAGAUGGAUAUAGAACCACAGGUAUUAAACCUAACAAAAAAUUUCACAAUCUAGUAUAAUUUUCUUCUAAAUUCCUUUUGUUGGGUAUUUUGUUAAUUCCUCUGUUUUAUUACACUCACGACUCAACAAUUUCACAAUCUAGUAGAAUUUUCUUCUAAAUUCCUUUGUUGGGUGUUUCUAAUUCCUCUGUUUAUAAGUGAUGGUUUUAGAUUUAUGUUGAUUGAUUGAUGCUAUGAAAAUGGAGUUGUGGUGUUUGAUAUGAGUUGUGAAUGAAGCAAAGUAUUUUCAUGAGGGUUUUGUUUUGCAAGAUCCACUGUCCUCCAUUCAUUUGCUUCUGCAAGCCCUCUUCUGCUCAUCUGUACACGCCUGGGCCAUUGAAAUUGGGGAACAGCCCACAUGUCCCUUCAACAGUUGUGUCUUCUGUUGAUGACACCUCUGGUGCUCAGAUAUCUGGUGAGACCACAGAGGUCAAAGAAGAGAGCUUAGAUGGGAAGCAAGAGAGUCAGAGAGUUCUCAAAAGCUGUAUCAGGAAGAGGAUUGUGGAAUUGGGUGGUCCAAAAGAGGCUGAAAAGAAGAGAGUGCAAUGGAUGGACAAUUUAGGGAAAGAGCUUGUUGAGGUCAAAGAAUUUGAGUCCAGUGAAACAGGAGAUACUGACAAUGAAGAAGACAAUAGAGGCUGUGUUUGUAUCAUUCUUUGAUGCUGCUUUACCAGCUUCCUUCUGCAAAUCCCUAUAUUGGUUAUCACACCGACGAAAAAAAUUGACUAGAAAAGGCUUUGUGGUCCCAAUUACAUUCCGUUAGACUCGGGACCGGAUUUAGAAAGAAGCUGCAUCAGAAUCAAAUUCCAUUUCUUGUUAACAUGCUGGCUCUUCUGCACUCAAAAGUUUAGAAUUUUCUAUUGAGAAUUCAGUUUAGCUGACAAUUCUUAUGUAACAAUGUGAAACUAUUGUUUCUUUAUACUACUAUGUUUUUAUUCUUCUACUGAUAAUGAAAUCCUACACAAGUUCUUAGUA